AUGGUUUGCACCACUAAUGAUUUAUCAGCUUGGAAGGAUUUUCCAAAGGGCCUCAGAGUCCUCCUCCUCGACGAGGAUAGCAGUUCCACUGCCGAGAUAAAAUCAAAUCUGGAAGCAAUGGACUAUAUUGUUUAUACGUUCUGCAAUGAGAAUGAAGCCCUCUCAGCAAUUUCAAAUGAACCUGGAAACUUCCAUGUUGCUUUAGUGGAGGUGAGUGGGAGCAAUGUCAAUGGGAGUUUCAAGUUUCUAGAAAAUGCAAAGGACUUGCCAACCAUUAUGACUUCGAACAUUCAUUGCCUGAACACCAUGAUGAAGUGCAUAGCGCUUGGUGCAGUUGAGUUCCUUAGGAAACCACUCUCUGAGGAUAAACUGAGGAAUAUAUGGCAGCACGUGGUUCACAAGGCAUUUAAUGCAGGGGCGAGUGCUCAAUCCGAAUCACUGAAGCCUGUAAAGGAUUCUGUAGCUUCCAUGCUGGAGCUCAAAGUGGAACUUCGACAAGCUGAGACUGAGUACAUGGAGAAAACAGAAAAUGUGUCUCUGGCUCAGGAAAGUAAUGAGCAUCAAUCACCAGCUAGUGAUAAGUAUCCAGCUCCUUCAACCCCACAAUUGAAACAAGGAGGGCGGCUGCUGGAUGAUGGGGAUUGCCAAGACCAUAUUAACUGCUCAAUAGAAAAGGAGAGUGCGGAGCAAGAGGGGGAAUCUAAAUCUGUCGAAACUACUUAUGCCAUGUCUCAAGAAACUCUGCAGUUGGGGGAUCCUCAGAGCUUUGUAGAGACUGUGAUCAAAGAGGAGGAUAACUCAACUGACGGCGUCAAGAUUGAGAACAACAUAUGCCCCAAUCCACAAAAUAAAGAUGGUCUCAAAAAUUCAAAUGGAGGUGCCAAAAAAGCUUCUGGUCUUCAUAAUUCCUACAGGACUAGAGCUAAUAGAAAGAAGAUGAAGGUAGACUGGACACCAGAGCUUCACAAAAAAUUUGAGCAGGCGGUGGAAAAACUAGGUGUAGAUCAAGCGAUUCCUUCAAGAAUAUUAGAGCUAAUGAAAGUGGAAGGCUUGACAAGGCAUAAUGUAGCAAGUCAUCUGCAGAAAUAUCGAAUGCAUAGGAGACAUAUUUUGCCCAAGGAAGACGACAGACGGUGGCCGCAACAUAGAGAUCAAGUGCAAAGGAGUUACUAUCCACAUAAACCUAUCAUGGCAUAUCCUCCAUAUCAUCCUAACCAUGCUCUCCCACCACGUCCGGUCUAUCCUAUGUGGGGAGCAACAGGUAGUCACCCAGCUGGUGUGCACAUGUGGGGCCCACCCGGCUACCCCCCAUGGCCGACAACAGAAAGUUGGCACUGGAAGCCUUAUCCAGGGAUGCACGCAGAUGCAUGGGGUUGCCCUGUGAUGCCACCACAUAGUCCUUAUUCUUCCUUUCCUCAAAAUGCAUCUGGGUCUCAGAGUGCCAGCAUGGUCAAUAACAGCUGUGGCGUGACACAAAAGUCUUUUGACUUACAACCGGCCGAGGAGAUAAUCGACAAGGUAGUGAAAGAGGCAAUCAACAAGCCGUGGCUGCCGUUGCCCUUGGGCCUCAAGCCCCCGUCUACCGAUAGCGUCCUAGCGGAGCUCUCCAGGCAAGGCAUCUCAUCACUUGCUCCCCCACAUUAA